AUGUCAGACUCGCUAUUACCAACGCACUCCAACACGCUUGACCCGGCAUCUCUCUCAUGCCCCAGAAUUCUCUGCCUUCAUGGCGGGGGCUCGAAUGCUCGGAUUUUUCGAAUUGGGUGCCGCGUGCUCGAGGCUCAGUUGUCAAAUCGUGCCAGACUAGUGUAUGCAGAUGGCCCUUUCUUUGCAUCCCCGGGUCCGCUCAUAGCAGGUUUCUUCACUGAAUGGGGCCCCUUCCGGUCCUGGCUUCCACCGGAUCUCGGAGUCGGUCCAGGAAAAGGCCAAGGCGUAAAGCGUAUCUACGAAGACCCUACGGAUGCCGACAUGGUUAUUGAAAAGAUCCACCAAAGCUUUCAGAAAACAAUGGACGAUGAUGAUCGAGCUGGAGGAACUGGUCCUUGGGUUGGACUGCUGGGAUUCAGUCAAGGCGCCAAGAUCGUAGCAAGUCUACUUUUGAGACAGCAGAUCAAUCUCGGGGGGUCUAUACCCCUUCCUUGCUUUCAAUUCGGUACUCUUGUUGCAGGGUCAGCACCACUUGUUUGGCUAGGUUCUACAGAGACCUAUCAAAGAACAAGGGAAUUGUCUGUUGAAUGUCUCCUUCGAAUUCCUACCGUGCAUGUCUAUGGUAGGCACGACUGCCUCAUUCAAUCCUCAGCUGAAUGGCUUUAUCAAUGUUGUUUACCUGACUCUAGAAGAGUAUUCGUUUGGGAGGGUGAUCACGUCAUGCCUACUAGGACUAGAGAUGUCUCGGCGAUUGUCGAAAUGAUUGUUGAGCUGCUAGAGGGUUUGGCAAACCGACUCUUCUAA